AUGGCCCACACUCAAGACCUUCUGGGCCAACUGCCUAUCCUCCAAUCCUAUACCCACCUGCUCCUGUGCUUCCCGCUGCCUACCCCCUCCACCAUCCUGUCCACCCUGGAAGAUGCCAUCCAGCAACUCUUCACCCUCAUCCCCAUCCUGGCGGGCCAAGUCAUCAACGAGGACGUCUCGGCCACCUCGUCCGGCACCUUCACGGUCCUGCCCAUGUCCCCUCGCCCAUCCCCCAUCAUCCGCAUAGUUGACCACACCUCCAACCCCAGCGUCCCCAGCUACAGCAGCCUCCGCCAGGCGCACUUCCCGUCCCACAUGCUCCCCGGGGCCCUCUUUUCGCCUCCCCGCCCGGCCUUCCCCAUUCCCUACCCGGAAGACACCGACCCCAUCCCCGUCCUCGACCUCCAAGCCAAUCUCCUGCACGGCGGCUUACUCCUCACCCUUGCGGCCCAGCACAACAUCAUCGAUGCCAGCGGCAUCUUCCAGGUGGCCUCGCUCCUGGCCCGUCUCACCCGCGGGGAAUCCAUUCCCACGGCCGAGAUCCACGAGGCCAACCGGGACCGGCGCAACCUGAUCAGCCUGUACGCGGACCACGAACCCCUCUGCGACGACUACACCAACUAUAAGCCCCCCACCAUCCCCCGCGCGCCCCCCAAUCUGACCGCCCUCUUCCCCACCUUUCAAUGGGCCAAUUUCCAUUUCCCCCAACGCAGCGUGCAAGCCAUCUAUACCCUCGCCGCGCAAUCUCCUUCCGACUCUCACCACGGGGAGACAGUAAACAUCACGCCCAACGACGCCCUCACAGCCUUCAUCUGGCAACGCCUCACCCAUGUCCGUCUCCAACACUCCUCCAUCCCCCCCAUCCCCACCACCACCAUCGCAAUAGCUCCACCCCCCAUCUCCAAACUCACCCGCGCCCUCGACCUCCGACGCACCCUCCACCUCACCCCCGCCUACCUAGGCCACACUAUCCGCACCGCCACCCUCCGUCUCCCCAUGACGGAUAUCGCCACCCUGCCCCUCUCCGGCCUCGCGGAUCGCCUCCGCUCUCAAGUCCUGGCGCUCCGCACCCCAGACGCCGUCCGCGACUAUGCCACCUUUCUCUCCCGGGAACCCGAUAAGCGAAAGAUCGCUUACGCGGGGGGCGAGUUCAACCCGCGGACGGACUUUAGUUGUUCGAGUGUGGCGCAUGUGGAUCUGGCUCGGCUCGGACUGGGGAUGGGGAUGGGGGGGAAGAAAAAGGGGGAGGUCGUGGCGCGGUGUGAGGGGGUAAGGCGGCCCGAGGCGGGGGUGUUACCGGGGGGGUGUUAUUUGGCGGCGGCGGGGCGGUGGUAUGGGAAUGGUACUGGGGCGGAUGGGGAGGAGGAAGAAGAAAGAGGAGUCGAGGCGUUGAUCUGUCUGGAUGGGUGGGAGAUGGAGGGGUUGAAGGCGGAGGAGGAGUGGAAGAAGUGGGUGGAGUUUGUGGGUUAA